GCAAGGCCGAAACGGGCGCUCAUGUCAGGAAUUGGUGAAGGUGGUAAGCCAGGUCAUAUACAAACAUCAUCACUAUCACGCGAAGAACGAAGAGCUUAUGAUCAAGGUUGGAAAGACAACGCUUUCAAUCAGUACCUGAGUGACCGAAUCUCUCUCCACAGGUCCUUACCCGACGCCCGAGACCCCACGUGCAGACUGCUUCAGUAUGCUGACGAUCUUCCGGAAGCCAGUGUAAUCAUCACAUUCCAUAACGAGGCCUGGAGUGUAUUACUCCGCAGUGUACACAGUAUCUUAGAUAGGUCACCAGAACACCUCAUCAAAGAAAUUAUACUUUCCGACGAUUUUUCUGACAGAGAGCAUUUACAUGGUCCUCUGGAAGAAUAUAUGAAAGACUUACCUAAGGUUAAAAUUGUACGAAACAAGAAACGCGAGGGUCUGAUUAGAACUCGACUUCUAGGAUACAGUGUGGCUACUGGCAGUGUUUUAAUCUUCCUCGACUCACACAUUGAAUGUGCUACCGGUUGGCUGGAGCCUCUGCUGGAUAGGAUAAAAGACAACCCGACCACUUCUGUGACGCCUGUCAUCGAUACCAUUGAUGAUGACACGUUUCAAUUUAAAUUUUCGCCGGCUUCUUCCACUCAAGUCGGCGGAUUUGAUUGGUCGUUAACUUUCACGUGGCAUGCCAUUCCAGAGGCGGAACGCAGAAGGAGAAACUACAAAGACUACGUACCUGUCAGGAGUCCGACAAUGGCGGGAGGCCUUUUUGCUAUCAACAAGGAUUUCUUCACUCACAUAGGGACUUACGACUCUGGGAUGGACAUUUGGGGAGGAGAGAACCUAGAAAUCUCGUUCAGGAUUUGGAUGUGCGGUGGGACUCUUGAGACUGCCCCCUGUUCCCAUGUUGGGCAUAUUUUCAGGAAGAAAUCUCCGUACACCUGGCCAGGGAAUACUAAUGUGGUGAAGAAGAAUAACGUCAGGAUGGCCGAGGUGUGGUUAGACGAAUUUAAAGUCUACUACUAUGACAGAAUCAACAACGACUUGGGAUACUAUGGUGACGUUUCUGAACGGAAAGCUUUAAGACGAAGGCUACAAUGUCACGAUUUUAAAUGGUAUCUUCUUAAUGUGUACCCUGAACUCUUUGUGCCUGGAGAAGCACUCGCCUCAGGACAAAUAAAAAAUAUAAGAAAACCUUUCUGUUUGGACGCUAAAACCAAUUAUGGAUUUAAACCAAAUCCAGUUAUUUCCUAUCAUUGUCACGGAUUAGGAGGAAAUCAGUAUUGGAUGCUGACCAAGGAGAGCGAGAUAUUUCGCGACUAUGGUUGUUUCGACUAUAAUGAUGAAGGACUUUUGAUAUAUCCCUGUCACAAAAGUGGAGGAACCCAGUCCUGGCUACACAGGAGUGACAAAACUAUCUACCAUCCUGCCAGUAACCGAUGUAUCACUCUGUCGUACGACACCUCGCGCAUUACCAUGGAAAUAUGUACGGGAGAGGAGAACCAGCAAUGGGAGUGGAACAAAGGGCAACACAGAGGACCGCGUCGUAAUUAAACGUCAAUUAUCGUGUCUUGUCAUACUGGAAGGGAGGUAACUCUGACGCAGAUACUGUGGAGCGAAAUACACUGCAACAGAUCAACUUUAUGAAGAAAAAUGUGUAAGACUACUUUCGCUUUGGUGAAUGCUCGAUACAUAAUAUAGUCAGUUUUAUCAAUUUCCUGUGUAGAGUUAGUAUCAACAGGUUCCUGAGUACAGUAAGUAUAAUAUCAACAGCAUCAAAGUGUAUGGUCUGUGUCUUCAGAUUCCACAUGUAUGGCCGGUAUAAGCAGUAUCAAAGUGUAUGGUCUGUGUCUUCAGGUUCCACAUGUAUGGCCGGUAUCAGCAGUGUCAAAGUGUAUGGUCUGUGUCUUCAGGUUCCGUGUGUAUGGCCAGUAUCAGCAGUACCUAAGUGUAUGGUCUGUGUCUUCAGGUUCCACAUAUAUGGCCGGUAUCAGUAGUAUCAAAGUGUAUGGUCUGUGUCAUCAGUCCCACUUGUCUGACCUGUAUCAAAGUGUAUGGUCUGUGUCUUCAGGUUCCACAGGUAUGGCCGGUAUCAGCAGUAUCAAAGUGUAAGGUCUGUGUCUUCAGGUUUCAAAUGUAUGGCCGGUAUCAGCAGUAUAAAAGUGUAUGGUCUGUGUCUUCAGAUUCCACAUGUAUGUCCGGUAUCAGCAGUAUAAAAGUGUAUGGUCUUUGUCCUCAGGUUCCGUGUGUAUGACCGGUAUCGGCAGUAUCAAAGUGUAUGGUCUGUGUCCUAAGGGUUCGUGUGUAUGACCGGUAUCAGCAGUAUAAAAGUGUAUGGUCUUUGUCCUCAGGUUCCGUGUGUAUGACCGGUAUCAACAGUAUCAAAAUGUAUCGUAUGUGUCUUCAGGUUCCGUGUGUAUGGCCGGUAUCAGCAGUAUAAAAGUGUAUGGUCUUUGUCUUCAGGUUCCGUGUGUAUGACCGGUUUCAGCAGUAUCAAAG